AUGAUUCGUCGAUCGUAUCUGAUCGUGUUGCUCGUCGGUUUUGUUGCCAUCGUUUGGGGGCUUCCUCAGCAAUCGAAAUCAAAGAGACCCGUCCCAGAAUUUAAGAACAAGACCGGUGGAUUGGAGCUACCGGACAACGCGACGCUGAUCAGGGAGAACAUCGUGGAUAACUUUUCCUGCAACGACAGAAUCUAUGGCUACUACGCGGACAUGGAGAACGACUGCCAAAUUUUCCAUGUAUGCAUGCCUCAGGCUAGGGGUGCGACGAGGUGGAGCUUCAUCUGUCCCGGAGAGACAGUUUUCAAUCAGGCUACGUUCGUUUGCACGCGAACCGAAAAUUCCAUACCAUGCGAGGAAUCGGAGAACUUUUACAAUUUGAACGAGGCGAUCGGUAAGGAAGUGGAAGAGGAGGAGAACGACACGGAGCAAGCGACCAAGGAAUCGGACGCCGUGGAACCGAUCUCGGGCAAACCGCCCACAAGAACGUCCAGGAUUCUCAACCGAAAGAAGUCGUCGCGACGUCAGUGA